AUGCUUCAACCUCGACCCGUAGCAUCAAGUAGCGGCAGCUCCUCUUCACUUAUGGCAUCAUCAUCAUCAAGCAUGAGGAAUACCUCUUCGGAAGAUGAUUUAUCCAUGCUCGGAGUUUCUGCAUUCACCACGGAAGAUAUUGAAAGAAAUGUUAUGGAUGAAAUGAAUAAGAAAAUUGAAGAAAACGAAAAACAAUUAGUAAAGAAGGAACAAAGUAAAAUUGAAUCUCUCAAAGCAAAAAUUGAAAAGUAUGAAAAAGAAUAUAAAGAAUUAAAUAGUAAAUCCAAUCUUACCAAACAAGAUGAAAAAAAGUUGAAAAGUCUGAAAAAGAAAAUUAAUGAUUUGCAAGAAAAAGAAGAACAACUUGAAGAGGAGUUACAGGAUAGAAGGAAGGAAACCGAGCUUAGAAAGUCAUUGGCAGUGAUUGAUAAUGAAGAAAAUGAAACGGAACGAGAACGGUUAAUUCGUACAGGAGUCAUUACUCCUUUUGAUCAUUUGGCAUCAUCAUCAGCCAAAACGAACAUUUCCAAAGAUGCAUCAUCUGCUCCUUCUUCAUCGCUUGAAUUUUCUCAACCAAGCGACAAACGCAACAAACGAAAAGCAACAACAGAUUCAAGUCGAGUCCUCGAAAGAAGUAAAAAGAAGGUCAAACAAGAAGAAGAAGAUGAAGACUAUGUGGAUGAAGAAUAUGAACAUGAAUUUGAGGAAGAAUAUGAUGAAUAUAUUGAAGAAGAGGAAGAAAAAACUCCUCGUAAAAAGGAAUUCAAGCAUGAUGACAGCAAUGAUGAAUAUUAUGAACAGAGACUCUCUGAAUUUUAUAGUACUCGCUCCUUUGUAACAAAAACAGUAAUCAAUACAAGUGGAGAACAAGAAGAAGUGAAUGUUAUUGACUGGGGAGAGUCUGUAUCAAUUACACGAGAUUACAGCAUUCCAAAUGAAAUUUAUGACAAGCUCUUUGCUUAUCAAAAGACAGCAAUCAAAUGGAUGUGUGAGCUAAGAGCUCAAGGAGUGGGUGGAAUUCUGGGGGACGAGAUGGGAUUGGGAAAAACCGUACAAAUAGCUUCUUAUCUUGCCGGCCUCCAUUAUAGUGGUCUGUUUAAACCAUCCAUUAUUAUAUCUCCUGCAACUGUAAUGAAACAGUGGCAAGAGGAGUUGAAUACAUGGUGGCCUCUGCUUCGAGUAUGCAUUCUCCACACCUCAUCAAGCUCCAAGUCACACUUUGAGGAUUUGAUUGAGAAAGUGGCGUCUUGCCCUGAUGCAGUUUUAAUAACCACGUAUGAAUCCUUGAGAAAUUAUCAAGAAAUUUUAAUUGAAAAAGAAUGGGGUUAUAUUAUAUUGGACGAGGGACAUAAAAUUCGCAAUCCAGAUGCUGCUAUUACUCUAGCCUGUAAAAAGUUUAAUACUCCAAAUAGAAUCAUUUUAACAGGAACACCAAUCCAAAAUAACUUGAAAGAAUUAUGGUCACUGUUUGAUUUUUGCUAUCCUGGAAAACUAGGAACGCUUCCAGUCUUUCUCUCUCAGUUUGCAGUUCCUAUAACCUUAGGAGGUUAUUCGAAUGCAAGUAAAUUCCAAGUACAAACAGCCUAUAAGUGUUCCUGCGUUUUGAGGGAUUUAAUUAAACCCUAUUUGUUGAGAAGAUUGAAAAAAGAUGUUAAACAUCAACUACCUGAGAAAAAAGAAAAUGUAAUUUUUUGUAAAUUAACAGAUCAACAAGUUUUGGUAUAUGAUUCAUACUUAAAGAGCAGAGAGGUGAAAAAGACUUUGGAAGGAGAACAUUUAUUAUUUAAGGCCAUUACUAAUUUAAGAAAAGUUUGCAACCAUCCAGAUUUGCUCUAUGAAAAAAAUAGUAUUGAGGACUUUGGAAACAAAUCAAGAUCUGGAAAAAUGAUGGUCGUUGAAAAGUUAUUGGCUCUAUGGAAAGAACAAAAUCACAGAGUGUUACUCUUUUCACAGAGUCGACAAAUGCUUGACAUCUUAGAGAAAUUUAUUCAAGAAAAAGGAUAUACCUACUCUCGAAUGGAUGGUACUACAUCAGUCAAAGAUCGAAACCCGCUCAUCAAUAAUUUCAAUAAGGACGACAGCAUUUUCAUAUUUUUGCUGACUACCAAAGUUGGAGGAUUAGGAGUUAAUUUGAUUGGAGCCAAUAGAAUUAUUUUAUUUGAUCCAGAUUGGAAUCCAUCCACAGACCUUCAAGCACUAGAGAGAGCAUGGCGUCUUGGUCAGAAAAAACAAGUGACUGUGUAUCGAUUAAUGACAAGUGGCACCAUUGAAGAAAAAAUGUAUCAUCGUCAAAUUUUCAAACAGUUCCUCUCUAAUAAGGUAUUGAAAGAUCCAAGACAGAAACGACUCUUCAAAUCGAAUGAUCUCUAUGAGCUUUUCACUCUUGGAAAGGAAUAUGACAGCGUGAGAUUUAGCCGUAAAAAGAAAGUCGAAGAUGAUGAAGAGGAAAAUACAGAGACAGGAUCAAUUUUCAGUAACAGUGAGAUUUUGCGACAGGAUGUCAAAUCUGAUUCGUCCUCAUCAUCCAGCGAUUACAGGAUUGAAAAGUUUAAGGGAAAGCAAUCAAAUACUGAAGAAGAAAUCAAAGAAAAAGAUGAAACAUACAUCUUACAAUGUCUUUUCGAUGAGAAAUCGGUCAAGAGUGUGUUCAAUCAUGAUUCUGUUCUAAACACCACACAAUCAGAAUUAUCUAUUGUGGAGAAGCAAGCAAAACAAAUUGCUGAUUUAGCCAUGAAAGAAUUGAAAAAGUCAGCAGAGAUGAGAAAAAAUGUUCCUGUUUCUGUUCCAACAUUUACUGGACAGCAUGGAACUGGAGGUUUGGCUCUUCCUUCUUUUUCAAGCUCUAAAGGGCCGCUAGCCUCAUCUCUUGUUUUGGCCAACCUGAGAAAAAAACAAGAAAUGACAAGUGACAAGCCAACACUUGUAAACAACGAGAAUGAGCUGGAUGAAGAAGUGAAACCCAUGUUAAAGACUUCAAAUAAGAUGGCUGAAGAUUUGAUUGCAUUCUUCAAAAAGAAUAAUGGACAAGCCACGACAGACGAUAUUCAGAAACACUUCCGCUACAUUGUUGGAGAUGAAGUGGUUUACUUUAAGGAAAUAUUGCAGAAGCUGGCGAGAUUUAGCAAAUCAAAAAAGAUUUGGACAUUAAGAAAGCCUUAA